AUGGGAAUGCCUCGAGCAGGUGAAGAUGAUGUUGAAGGCAAAGUUGUCGAACUUGAAGAAUGCCAAAACGUGCCGGUCGUCGAACAAGGCAACGGUGCCGUACUCCUUGACAUUAGCCACGUAAAGGGGCAGCCAGGAGGAACCAAUUUGAAGGUGACCAAGGACGGCCAUACUGUCCUCAUCCCACAGCCCACGGAUGAUCCCAAUGACCCAUUGAACUGGUCCGAUCUCAAGAAAAAUCUCCUCCUGCUCGCCAUCAGCCUUUCAGCGUUUCAAAGCGACUUUCAAACCGCCGCAGGCGUCCCGAGUGUCGCCCUCCAGGGCGUUGAGUGGAAUCUCUCUCCCGUCCAUGUCAACUAUGCAGGGAAUCUCAAUGUCUUGAUGAAUGGGAUUGGGGGACUCGUCUGGAUUCCUUUGAUCUACUUCUGGGGUAGGGCUCCUGUAUUAUUCUGGACCAGUUUCAUCGGCACCGUCCUCACUUUGGCGACUUGCCUCGUCCCUGAUUUUGCCGGUUACUACGGUCUUCGAGCGUUGAUGGGGUUUUUCCUCUGCUCCGGUCCCGCGGUUGGCCUGGCCUUUAUCCAAGACAUCUUCUUUCUCCACGAACAGGCGAGGAAGAUCGGCAUCUGGAUCUUUGCGGUGCAGAUCUGCCCUUACUGUUCGCCCAUGUUUGGCUCCUACAUCAUUGCUGCCACGGGAUCUUGGAGAGCCACUUACUGGAUGGUGUUUGGCCUGGAAGCUUUUGUUUUGCUCUGUCUCGCCCUCUUCCUCGACGAAUCGUUCUAUCGAAGGGACCUGCCGCUGUCAGAACAGCCUCAGCGCGGUAACAGGAUCCUGCGCCUCAUUGGCUGGUGGCAGCUUCAGGUCCACCAUCAAUACUUUGCAAGCUUCGCAAGUUCGCUCCUCCGGGUGUUUGAGAUCCUGCUCAAACCAAUCAUUAUCCCGCUGUUGAUCUUCUACUUAUUGAGCUGUAUGUGGGCUAUCGGCAUCAAUCAAUCAUCUGCCAUCCUCUUCGCCACUCCCAAGGCCGCGGGUGGCUAUGGAAUGAGCCUGAAUUCCACCGGCUACUUGUAUUUCGCGCCGAUUAUUGCCGUGCUAGUCGGCGAGACACUAGGUCAUUUCAUCAACGACUGGACCACCACUCGUUACGUCCGAAAGCACAACGGGGUUUUCAAGCCGGAAGCUCGUCUGCCACCGGUCUACCUGACACUUUUCCUCACCGUCCCCGGUCUCAUCCUGGUCGGACAGGCAUUGGAAAAGCACCUUUCGUGGGUCGCAGUCGCCUUUGGCUGGGCCAUGUACACUGCCGCGGUCAUGAUGUUUUCGGUGCCCCUGUUCGCCUACGCUCUCGACUCUUACCGGAAUGCCCCGGGCGAGGUGUCGGCGUGGUUCAACUUCGCCCGCAUCAUUGGUGGGUUCUCUGUUGGGUAUUUCCAGCAAGGCUGGGGCCUGAGGGCCGGGUUUGACGUCUCGUUCGGCGCGCAGGCCGGGAUCGUCGCUUCGGGAGGGCUUAUCAUUCUGGCUCUCCAAAUCUAUGGAGAGAGGCUCAAGGCCAAGGGAGGUGCCCUGCGAGACUGA